CUGGUGUGGAAAAGAUGGCUGCUUCGGCGGCAACGGCGAGUUCUCCCCCCGGUUUGUGUCCAAAUUACGCCGUGAUUUGUUCCUUCCUGGAACGGUACGGAGCGUUGCUGGACUUACCGGAGCUUACCUUUCCUCAGCUGGAGAGAUACCUGCGGGACACAUCAUCAGUUCCAAAGCUGUUGGUUGAACUUCAUGUGAAAUUGCUGAGGAAGAUCGGCAAGUCAGUCACAGCAGAAAGAUGGGAAAAAUAUCUUAUAAGGAUAUGCCAGGAGUUCAACACAACCUGGGCAUGGGAACUCGAACAAAAAGGAUACAAGGACAUGACGGUGGAGUGCAAGACAGGGAUACUUAAAUAUUUGUGUGAGUGUCAGUUUGACGACAAUGUCAAAUUCAAAACCGCCAUCAAUGAGGAGGACCCGGAUAAGAUGCGCCUGCAGCCGAUUGGCCGGGACAAAGACGGUCAGAUGUAUUGGUUUCAGCUCGACCAGGACGACAACGUUCGAGUUUACGUAGAGGAGCAGGACGACUUAGACGGGUCAUCAUGGAAGUGCAUCGUCAGAGAUCGAAACGACCUCGCUGAGGUCGUGGCUCUCCUGAAAACACAAAUCGACCCUGAGCUCCUGAAGAGAGAACAGGAGAAAAAAGCUGAAGCUGAGGCUGAAGAGGGAAAAGGCAAAACAGAAGAGGAAGGUGAAGUUAAAAAGACAGAAAGCACGACAGAUGAAGACAGCAACGACUCCAACAAGGCUGUCUGCCCAAAGUCUGAAAGCAAUGAUAAAGACAACUUGAAAUCAGAGGUGUCUGAGGAAAAAUCAUCUCUUAAUGGUGUCAUCGAAGGCAAACCUGAAGAGGAACUUAAUUCAGAAAAGCCCUCUGUAGACAGCACUAUCAGCACAAAAGCCAAGACCAUCAAAGAAGAGCCAAUGGAAGUGUCAGAAACUAAAACAACCACAGCAGUAAGUGAGCAAACCUCUGAUCCGCCAUCAAUAAAGUCUGAAAAAGGAGAGGAGGCCAAAAAGAACACCGCAGAGGAGAUUCAACAAGCUCUGAAGAAUGACCAGCAGGCCAAAAUCCCUCUAAAGAAAAGAGGGAUGAAGUUUAGUGAAGACUUUGAGAAAAAUAGCAGCAUUAUAGUGCAAAAUCCAACCAUAAUGCAGGUAAAGGAGGCUCAGAAAGCUGACUCAACUCCUGAGCAGACGAAGAAAGCUCCAAGUGUCAAUGAUCAUGUUAAUGGUGAAGUAGCGUCAGAGAAAGAGCUCAAGAGUAAUUCCUGUGAGUCACAAAAAGACGCUGCUGUCGACAACGAGCAAGCUGCAAGUAAAUCUAUAGAAGCUAGAAAUAACGACUCGCCAUCCACAGUCAAGGAGGCUGUGAACGAUAAAAAGGAGGACUCUAGCAGUGCAGAGAGGGUCACAGAGAAAGCUGCUGCACACAAAGACGACUCAGACAAGAAAAGUCAAGAUGUGCAUGUAGAAAAUGAAAGCACUGCAUCUAAAGGGAAGAAAGAACAAGCACACGAGUCUCCCUUGGCGCUGACAGAACCACCUCCGUUACAAAAAGACGUGAAUAAUGUACUCCAGAAGUCGUCUAAUCAUGAAGAAGUGAAAGAAUCAGAACCAAUGAAUAUAAAAGAGCCUUGCACGGGAGACAAGAAGACACUGAAGGAAGCGGAUAAAUCAUUAACGACGGACAAGUCAAAGGAAGUUAAUUCAAAGGAUUCAGAGGAAAAGCCAACGUAUGAAGACAUGGACACAUCAGAGAUGAGUCAGAAUGAAGAUACCAAGAGGGUAGACAAUGCCAAGAAGCAAACCGAAUCAAUUGUUGCUAAAGAAACAACAACAUGUGAGACUGGUGCUGAAACUAAUAAAUUAGAUCUAAAAGAGAAACCAGGAGUCAUCAAAAUAGCCGAGAAACAAAGUGCAGACAAAGAGUCAGCAACGAAAUCCAUCAUCUCUGAAAAAAUUGAAUCACAGCCUGCCAUUAAAAAGACAGAAAUGCCGAAAGAGAGCGAGAAUCAGGAGACGAAAGAAGUCACAAGAAGUUCCACAGCCGUUAAAGAGGCAGACAAGCCAAAAAUCAGCGAGAAAGCAGAAGAAACAAACAAGAAAGAGAGUGUGAAGUCUUCUGUUCAAGAGAAAGACAAGUCAGAAUCAUGUAAACCUGUUGAGAAGAAAGGCAGCAUCAAAGACGCAGCGACUUCAGAAAAAGAACAGGCUGCCUCUGAUACUAAAGCUGAAAAGACGGCAAUGCCUGAGGAAAAGGAGAAGCCUGAGGAUGCAAAGAAAUCUGUCAACUGCAAUGACAGUACGGUGCAUGAUACUGGCAAGAUAAGAGACUCCUCGCCUGUUGAAGCAGAGGCAACAGCCGGAAAAUCAGAUGUGACAGAGACGAAAGAGAAAGACAAAACUGAAAGGAGCUCGCAGAAGGCGACAGAGGAGGAGGCAUCUGAAGGGGAAGAUAAACCAUCUAGCCAUGCUGAGAAGUCAAAAGCAGUUAAAGGAGUUGGUAAAAAAUGUGAAAGGCCAGACACAGAGCGGGAAAAAGUGUCAGAAGAGCAGUCCAAAGAGAGUGAUCCAUCAUCAGAGAGCAAAAAAGAUGCAGAGAAGAAAAAAGAAAGGGGCACUGCAAAGGAUAAACUUAAAAAUGACACUGAAAAAUCUCAGGGUCAAGACAAAGAAAGUAAAGAGGAUUCAAAGACAAAGAAAAUCUCAAAAAAAGAUGAAACAAAGGAGGAGAAAAAUACUCCUAAAGAGAGCAAAACAUCCACCAAAACAGAGGAAUCUUCCCACCAAAAUGAAAGCAAAGAAUUAGGAAAGAAAUCUUCCAAAACUGAGAAAGCGAGCAAAGAACGAGACUCAGAAAAGCCCACAGACGAGGAGAGUAAAAGUAAAAGUGAGGAAGAGGAGCCUGGAGCAAAGACAGAGGUAGCAAACGGUGAGGAAGCAUCGACAGACACUCAGGAGAAAAAUCCUCGGAGGAGAAAAAGGCCUGUCCACCGAAGAAAAGCAGCUCUCCAGAGAGAGGAGAGACAGGCCGACUCAGAGUCUGAUACAAACAUAGGAAUGUCUCUACGAAGAUCGCCAAGGAUCUCAAGACCAACGCCAAAAGCUGUGGAGAUCAACGACAGGAAGCUGGAGAAGUCGCAGGCUGAGAAAGGGGAUGGUAAAGAAAAAGAAAAGGAGGGAAAGAAAGAUAAAGAAGAGGAGGAAGAAGAAGAAGAGGAGGAAGAAGAAGAAGAGGUUAAAACUGUUCAGAAAAAGCCAAGAGAAAAGAAGACAGAUCAGGAGGGUCAGCCAAAACCCAAGGGGAGAAAGAGACGGAGGGUCCGGUGGUCCAACACUCGAACGCGUCGUAAAAAGAAAAACUCUGACAAUGAGGAAGAGAACAGCAACGAGUCGUCCAGCGAAGAAGAGGAGAGCGAGGAAGAGGACGACAGCGAUGAGGACUACAAGGUGGAGCGCACAAGGAGGAGGCGAAACCGCAAACGAGAGAGACGAAGCUCGGACUCAUCAACAUCCUCAGAUGACCUACCUCCAAACGAUGACCCCUGCAAACAUUGUGGUCUUCCAAAUCACCCAGAGCUGAUCUUGCUUUGUGAUUCGUGUGACAGCGGCUACCACACAGCCUGUCUAAGACCUCCGCUCAUGAUCAUCCCAGACGGAGAGUGGUUUUGUCCUCCCUGCCAGCAUAAGCAGCUCUGUGACAAACUAGAAGAACAGCUCACGAACCUCGACGCUGCUUUGAAAAAGAAGGAGCGAGCGGAGAGAAGGAAAGAGCGUCUGAUUUACGUUGGAAUCAGUCUUGAAAAUAUCAUCACACCGGUGGAGCCCGAGGAAGAAAAGCCAGAACCCAUAAUAAAGGAAAAGAAAGAUUCAAAGAAAGUUAAGAGCUGGGGACGAAGAUCAACAAGGGCGAAGAAAUCCAUCAGCUACAGAUUUGAUGAAUUUGAUGAGGCAAUUGAGGAGGCAAUUGAAGAAGACAUCAAAGAAGCAGAAGGUGGAGGAGCUGGUCGAGGUAAAGACAUGGCGAACAUCACAGGACACAGAGGGAAGGACAUUUCCACCAUCCUGCAAGCAGAGGAAGGCAAAGAGAACGGCCGUCCACCACGAGCAAAUGCUGGGCAGCGUAGGAAAAAACGCAGACGGCUCAAUGAUCUGGACAGCGACAGCACUGUGGAUGAGGAGGAGAGUGAGGAAGAGUUUCUGCUCAGUGAAACCUCUGAAGAGGAGUUUGUGGUGAGUGACAACGAAUCAGAGGCAGAAUCAGAGGCAGACUCCAACAACAGUGACUACUACAGUAACAGCAGCGGUAGGCGACGCUCUUCGUCAUGGAGGAGGAAGCUGCCAACACGUCGACGAAGCUCACGGAAGCGACGGAGACCUAGAGGGUACUCAGAUGAUGAGGAAGAGGAGACGGAUGAAGAAGAGGAAGAUGAAAUAGCAACUGAAGGUUCGAGCGAGUUCAGCGACAGUGACCUGGACAUGAGUCGACGGCGGUCUCGGAGGAGUCAGAAGAAGCAGGUGAAUUACUGCGAGACGUCCGAGUCUGAAGGCUCUCAGGCAGACACCAACAAAGCCAAAGUGAAACCCAGACGUCGGCAGGACAGCUCCGAGAGCGAAGCAAGUUUCUCCAGAGACUCAGAGGAGGAGUCGAGGGAUCAGAGGACGAAGAGGAAAGCUGACUCCUCAGAGGAAGAUUCCCGGCAACGGCGCAGACGUCUUGCAUUAAAACGCCGGAGAGCCUCUGAGGACGAUGACUCUGAUGACGACUCUGAGGAAUCGUCGGAGGAGGACCGUCCCAUCCGCAAACGGGUGAACCGCAUCGACUCGGACGAUGACGACGAAGAGGAGGAAGAGAAACUGAAGGAGAAGAAGGCAGCUGAGAAAGCAGACGAGGAGUCAAAGGGAACAAACCCAGCGGACUGCAAUCCAACCAAUGGACAGAACCCCAUAAAGAGCCUCGAGGGCCUCAUCAGCCGGCCUGCUGCUGCAGCCCCAGGCCCCGUUCCAUCUCUGGAAACACCCAAAAACAUGAGUGCCACACCAGCUGCUGCCCUCGCACCGAACGGCCUGGCCGGCCAGGAGAUGGCAGCGCAGGACGAAGACGAAGACGACCUUUUAGGAGUCACAGACCUAGUGGACUACGUCUGCAAUAACGAAGAUAUGUAAAAAACAAAACGCUGUACUGUUUCAUUUUUGUGGUAUUGUAUUUUUAUAUUGCUUAACUUUAUUAUUCCCUCCCCCCACCAACACUUCCUGGUCGUCCGUUACAACGUGUCAUCCGGAGCACGAGUCUCAGUGACCUCUGCUAGAAAAGACCUGGAUCCUUCUGUCACCUUUCCAAUGCGUCCCUGUGGGAUUGUACAGUGAAAAGAGGCACCAAACUCCCAUUUGUUUGGUAAUAAUACCUUUACCUGCAAACCUUACGGCAUCAUCCAGCUCCACUGCCAAACCACCUCUGAAAAUGUGUCAUUCAUUCUCCUCUCAAAUCAACCUUUUCGUUUUUGUUGUUGCAUCCAAGAUUUCUUCAAAUUUUAGCUCUAGUGCUCGUCUCUGUGGAUGGAAAAUUGGCACUGAAAUGGUUCAAAGUGUGGGAAAAGUUUAAGAUUGCUUAUUCGAAUGAUAAAACACUGGGACUUUUAACAAGUUUGAGGAGCAAAAUAAGUCAUUCCAUAGUUAAUUUAAAGUUCUGGGCAUGUGUUAAAAUUGAUUUUGGUUUUAUAUUUUGGCCCUUUAAAGCAAUAAUUUGACAUUUUGGGAAAGAGAUGACUUAAAAGCCUUCAAUCUGAGAGUUAGAAAGAUUGAUACUAAUCUCAAAUGUUAAUGUUAUUGAAAUUAAAGCUAGCUAGCAUUGCGAAGUUUGUGUUUUUACAAGAAACAAGAUGUCAUGAUAUCAAAAUUUUAAACUUAGAUACAAAACUGAUUACAAAGAACGGUAUUGAUGCUGUUUUGAGACCAUGAAAACUAAAAUAGAAUUUCAGUGUUGCUUAUAAGUUAACCUCAGCAGAGCGUCUAAAUUGCACAAUACAUUGGCAAGACUUCUGUUCUGAAACAUUAGUGCAGCUUAGACUAUAUUUACCAAAAGUUGCAAAACAUUGAGAUAUUUAUACAUCAGCAAAAAACAUCUACUUCACACAUUAAACUCACAUUGUUGCUGUUGUCAUUUAAGAAAACAACUGACUUAUGUGAAAGACAGUUUUCCACUUCUCAUACCUUAAAUUAAGUUAAAAACUAGGGAUGCAUGAUUUUAGCUACAUGAUAGCAGCAGAUACUUGCUUAAAAAGUUAAUUGUUGAACUGGCAGAUCUGAACAUUUCUGUAGAUAUUUACAACUGAUAUUUUGGCUAUAAAAAUCUGCCUGUAUCAGCUGUAAAUAUUAGCAGUAAGAACAAAAAAGUUAGUGGAGUUUUAAAGACUGAAGUUUUAGGUCUGGACUACUUUUAAAUAUCUCUAUCUAUAAAGGCACAGCAAACAGUAUUUAGUAAAUAUCAACAUAUCUGCAAAAAUCCAAUAUCAUGCAUCCCUAUUUAAAACCAAUGUCACAAACCUUACACCAUAGCUAAACACAACACAUAUAUAUGUGAUUUUCCCUCAUUAAGGACAUUUAUUUUUAUGCUGAAGCAUUUGUUAACAUUACACAAUUAAAAUGCAUUUCAAAUGUGCAGGAAAAGGAAGAUGCAUCUUAUUAGUCAAAUGAUUUUAUUAAGUCAACAACAGCAAAAAAGAAGCUGGCUGUAAUUAAGUGACUAGUCCGCUAUUUUGCAGACAGCUCUCAGCCAAGGACUUUUAUUUUUGUUGCUUUGGUAAGAAACCACACGUCAGUAUUGAUUGAUUAUGCUAGCAUUGCAUAGAAGUUUAAAAAUCUUGCAUGUGUCAACCUUAGUGCUUCACAUUUAACAGACAGAGCUGCAUGUUGGGAGAUGGUAUGAGUCUUUUUGCAUAACUCUGCAGCUGAAAAAAAGAUAUUUCCCAAAAUGUCAACUAUUUGCUUUAAUGUGUCCCGGCUGGUUUUAAUGAUACAUAAAUAUAAUUUGUAAAAGCAUUAGUUCAGACUACUUAUUCAUGUCGAUUAACCUUCUAGACUUAUAACUAGUCAACCAACCUUCAUUCGUCAGCCUUCCUCUUGAGCUUUUUUGUUGAGCGGUAGAGUAGCUUUUGUAUAUUGUAAACAUGAAUAAUUAUUUUAACUGUGCUGCCAUCGGUAUCAGUGAUCACCCAGCUGUCUGAGUACUACGUCCAUUUGGGUAACUAAACCAGAAGUAAAAGUUGUCCCUCCUAGUCUAGUUUCCUGUUAUUACAUUUAUGUUACUGUUUUGUGAUUUUGUUUUAUAACAAUAAUGUAUUUUUUGUAUAUCUAAACUUUUAUUUGUCGUCUCAAAGUGAAAUGUAAAGUGUCUUAUUUUCUUUGUACAUUGUCCUUCAUAGAAGGUUCAAAACCUGCAAACUCUUGGCUCUUAUGGCCUAAAAUAACACUAAGCUUCAAAUUAGCCCUCUUUCUUUUCAUUUUAAUUUACAGUAUGCCCCCUGAAUCUUCCAACAUACAUGGUUUUAUUUACAUCCUUGAAUGUUCAUGGUCUUGAGAUGAAGCUUGAGUCUAGGUUGCCGUGGUAGGAGCUCAAACCUCAGGAUCAUGAAAACAUAUGGUUAAAUUUUGAAGCGAUAGUUAGGAUGCAGUUUUUGAAUGGGGGAAAUGGACAGAAAACAACAAACCAAUGACUUAACUGACCUCUGCUGGAACCAGUCUGUGUGUAUAUCUGUAGUUUUUGCUGUAAUAUAUUUAGAGGCAUUUUUUAAUCAUGGAAAAAUAUAUUGGGCAAUUCUUUGGGAUUGCAUGACUUUCUAAUAGUUUUCUUUUUUAGGGAAGCACUAUUGGCACAACAGUUUUUGUAACAAAACCAUAAAACUUUGGCAUGUUAAAAGGAUCUAAUGACUUGUUGCAUCAGUGCUGGAGGACUUGUGGCGUAGCUGAAUAUCUCAUCAUUUGCAGUGAAACUGCAUAGGUAAGCAUGCGCUGACCUACUAAAGGCAUGUUACAGAAGCUCGGGGGGGGAAAGGAUUAUCAUAGAAAAAUAUCUAGGACAGCUGAAUUUGAUUUAAGAGAGUAAACAAGGCCUGUUUGUAAAAUAUUUUGUAAAUUAGUCUCAGCAUGGUCUUCACAGAGGUUAAACCACUCUAUUUAUCAUACCGUUUUGAUACCGGCCACGGCCUAAACAUGACUUCAGAGACAAAACCUUAUACGUGCUGCUUGCAGUGCACACAACUUCAGCUUCUGUACACAAUAUUUAGCUGUUAGGCUAGCUGGGCAGAAUAGAGCCAACCCAAUUCUCCAGAUGUAAUAGAAGUGUGUGUCCUGGUGGCUAAAGUCAGAGUAAAGGAACGUGGAUGUCUGUGCUGUUUGUAACCCUGUUUUUAAAUUCUCCACUGAGAGAAGGAGAAUGUGUAGACACGUAUUACUCGGUUAUGAAAUAACCUGUAGCAAGACCCGCAGAGAAGAGAGGAUCGAUUAUAAAAGCUGCAAUGGGAUUAAGGGAGGAAGUCGGUGCCAAUGACUGAAGUGUUAACAGAAUUUCCUAUUUACCUCAUGAUGAAUCUGGGAGGAAAGACACAUCCUGUCCGCUGUGUAUAGAUGCUAGUAGACUGGUUGUUGGUGUUUUGUCUGCUCCUUACUUUUUUGUUAACUUUACUGUUAUUUCUUAUGAAUCUGAUCUUGUACAUUUGUCAUAAUAAAAAUGGUUUUAAGCCUAAUGUCA